CGGGGAGGAUAAUGGCGAACAAAUGGACGUGACCGAUGAUGGUCAAGCGAAUGAGGACGAUGACGACGAUGAUGAUGAUGACGACGACAGCGACGACAGCGACGAUGGAUUUCAAAUAACACUUGAAAAACCCGAAGGCGCAAAGCCCAACCCACCAGCCGGCGCAAAACAUCUGCUUCGCCCAACUGGUGUUCGCACAGCCUCUGGCACCCCAGAUGUCCCGCAACCGACAGGGACGCCCACAAAUGCCUCUGAACGCAGCCAAGGCAAUAGCGCGCAACCACUCAAAGUUGAAUCACAGCGAUCAGCAGCGCCAUCAGCGACCAAAGGCGUCUUAACUCACGGAGGAAAAGAAGGCAAAGACUUUCCCGAAGUACGGACGAGCAGCAUCGAUGUCGAAGCGAACCCGAUCUGGGGCGGCGAUAACGGCAAGCCAUUGAUGGAGGUCGACAUAGACGCCGAUCUCGCCGAGCACAGCAAACCGUGGCGGCUGCCCGGCACAGAUCAGACAGAUUUCUUCAACUACGGCUUCGACGAAUACACGUGGACGCAGUACUGCGUACGACAACAGGCGAUGGCCGGCACAAUCG